CUUCCAUAAGUACGCCUCUUCCAUUUCUGUACUCGUCUUAGGCGGACGUAGUUGCAUAGUGACGAAGUCGUUUUAGUCCUUUAGUUUUUAACGAAUAUGGCUACAAAUCAAGACUGCAACAUGGAAAAUGGAGAAGAUUUCUCACAAGACAUUACUACCGAUCAAAAUAAUUUUCAACAAGAUCAAGUAAAUGGUCAAAAUGGUUCUGGAGACGCUCCAUUGGCAGAUAGCGGUAGCGCCGAUGCUCCCGGUCGUGAUGACGAUAGGAAACUAUUUGUUGGUGGUCUGAGUUGGGAAACCUCAGAUAAGGAACUUCGUGAGCACUUUGGACAAUAUGGUGAAAUUGAAAGUAUAAACGUUAAGACUGAUCCCAAUACUGGCAGAUCCAGAGGUUUUGCUUUUAUUGUUUAUAAAACAGCUGAUUCCAUUGACAAAGUAGCCAGUGCAGGAGACCAUGUCAUCAACAACAAAAAAGUAGAUCCCAAAAAAGCAAAAGCACGACAUGGCAAAAUUUUCGUAGGAGGUUUAACUUCUGAACUUAGCGAUGAUGAUAUCAAGAAUUACUUUGCUCAAUAUGGAACGAUCGUUGAGGUUGAAAUGCCUUUUGACAAGCAGAAGAAUCAAAGGAAAGGAUUCUGCUUCAUCACUUUCGACUCGGAACAAGUUGUUAAUGAACUCUUGAAGACGCCAAAACAGACGAUCAAGGAUAAAGAAGUCGAUGUAAAGAAAGCGACGCCCAAGCUCGACGGCAUGGGAAAUGUACGAGGUGGCGGUAGAAUGAUGACCCGUGGUGGAGCUGGAGGUAGGGGAAGAGGUCGUGGAAACUACAGCAACCAAAGCUGGAAUCAAAGUUACGGCCCAUACAGUGGUUAUAACCAGGGCUACAGUGGUGGUUAUGACGGCUAUGGUGGUUACGACUACUACGGUGGUGGUUACGGAGGCUAUGGUGGAUAUGACUACUCUAGCUACGGCAACUACGGAGACUAUGGAUAUGGUAAUAACUAUGAGGGAGGAUAUGGUGGAGGCGGUGGAAGAGGCGGGCGCGGAAAAGGUGGUUCUGGUGGCUAUCAGGGCGGUAAACAGAGAGGAGGCGGCGGUGGCGGUGGUAGAAACCAGAGGCAUCAACCUUACUAAGAUCGGUAGAUGAACUUGUGAUCUGUUCGAUAGUUUUCCAUGUACUGAGACAGUUGGUUUCAAGUGUGCGUGUUUGCCAGUUGGGUUCUUUUUCGUUUUCUUUUUCCGGAAAUUGAGACGGGACGUGAUGUUUGGCAAACAUUUCAAGUAUCGAGGAGGAAAUUUGAUUUUUCUACUGUUUAAUAAAUGUACAAUUUUAUUUUUUGAUAUUACAUAAAUAUUUCAGAACUAUUUAUAAAGAUUACUUGAACGCAAUUCUCCAUUUUCCCUUUGUAUUGUAGUUACGAUUUUAUUUAAAUAGUUAUUGUAAUUAAAAUGAUAGUAGUGUAAGUUAUAUGUGUCAUUGAGUGCAUGAAUGGGCAGGAGGCGACUUCUGUUUUGUAUGAACAAUAAAAAUUGAAAAGUCA